UUAAAACCUUGGACACUCCUCUCUCUCUCUCUCUCAUUUCGUUUUCUUCGCUUCUCCCCCAUCCCUUCACACCCACCACCACCCCCCACACCCCCGCUCUUCCUUUCUUAUUGGUUUCUUGGAAGAAUUCAUGUCGCAGGACAAGGGUCGGCCGUUACCAAAGUUUGGUGAGUGGGAUGUAAAUGACCCUGCUUCUGCAGAGGGAUUCACUGUGAUCUUCAAUAAAGCCAGAGAUGAGAGGAAGACAGGUGGCAACACACGAGGCCAGGACUCUCCUGGAAAGGAGGAGGCAACCUUUAAACAGGGACCUUAUGCUACCAAGCCUAAUGUGAAUGCUAAAAAAUGGUUUUGCUGCAUUCAAGCUAGUUCAGCAGAUUCUUGAUUGAUCAAGGCUGACUUGUAAGAGCGGGUCUAAAUCUGUGUUGGUUUUGCAAUAUUUUCUGAAGGAUCAAAGCCUUAGCUCUGGCAGCAGGUUCUGUUUGAUUUUCCUUUGCUAUAGUUUUGUGAAGGUGAGAUGGUGUGAGAGGGAGUGAUGCUGAGGAGGAUGGAAGAGCAAGGAAUUGUUUUCUCACUUAUGUAAUUAUAUGAAUAUAUGCUGGAGAUACAAUCAGAACCUGGGUUUGUCUAUUCUUAUGAUGAGAUAUUUUGCUGGUGUUUCUACAAUCAUCAUUUACAUUUACAAAUAAGCUGGAAUAAUGUUUCUGUCGCAUUUCGUCCUGCUGGAUGAGAAACAUUUUCUCUUAAUUGUGGUGUGCAAAAUGGUAGGGCACCGCUCUGAUAGGGGGCAAAGUUGCUGCUUACACAUCCAUGGAUGAUACUUGGUGUGUCAGAAAGUAAUGUAUAACAGCAGAACAUUUAACA